GUGAAAUGCAACGAAAACAUUGCACAAGUGCUCAAAAAGGAGAUUUAUGUAGUUGGGUGUGACCAAUAAUACUAUUAAUUUAAUAAAAUGUGUUAGGAUACAGUUCGAAUUUGCAAUUAAUACGUCCGUUUAGAUUUUAGAUAAUGUAAAUUCUAGAAAUUUGAAGUUAGUGAUACCAGUUUCUGUUUUGUUAUGCAGAAACCACCACUAUUGACUGGUGGUUGAAUGAACUUGAACAAUCUAUAAUUGCUGAAUUUCACGUUCUACGGAGCCAUGCCGUCUCUAAGGAAAAGAGUGUCCAGUUAUUUUAGGCAACUCAGUUUUCACAACGAGCCCAGGGAUAGACGCCAUAACAUAAAUGAAAACUCUUUUGUAACCAAGUACCUACAAGGCCAUAUAGCUGUUAAGGAAGGCCCUCCUAUUAUCUAUGGAAAGGCUCCCUAUGAUUUACCAAAUUACGAAUUAGGGUCAUACACUAAUGGACCUGAUACGAUAACCGGUUGUUAUUCCGGCCCUAACGGAGGCCUUACAACCGUUAAAAGAACCGAGAAGCAUCUAUCUCUAUUAGAUGACGAUAUUGAUUUCAUCGAUACCCUUGAUGAUGAAGUUGUACCGAUCACUUUGCCAAAAAAAUCUCCGAUCAAAUCGAACCCCGGGCAACCCAUUGACAACACCACAAUGGUGAUCAAAGUUGCCGGCAACGAAUACAGCGUUACUAACAGACCGAAAAGGCAUAGCAAAAGUCACAGUUUAGGUAGCAUAGCGGACUUUAAAAUAGAAAUCGAAAAGACCAAAAUCAAUAGGAGUCUUUGUUUGAACAAUAACAAUUGCGCUACGGUCGAAUGCAGGAAUGCGAGUAGCGAUAAAUGCGAUGAAGCGCAAUUAAGUAAGGAAGCUAGCAAAGCGUGCAAGGAUAAGAAAGAUGUUGCUCAAGCAAAGAAAGCGAGCUCGAGAAAACGGGAGAACGUUAGGCAGGAAAAAGACGUGGAUGAUAAGCGUAAUGAGAAUUACAGUCUGUCGAAAUCAAAGAGUGAGGGCAACCCCUUCCAUCACAAGAAAAAAGGAAAGAUAAUCAAAAUUGACAGGCCUACAACUCACAGGGGCGACGACGCAACGGACUCUGCUAGCUCGUUUCCCGACGACAACGGCGACAAGGCCCUUCCCACCGAAUGGAAUUGGAAAUCGGACUUCGUGUACGGCCUUUCCGACUCCCUCUACGACAGAAACCAGGUCACCAAACACAAAAACGGCGACCCAAUAGCCGAUUGUUUCGGCAUCAUCGCCCGAAAGGACUCCGCUAUCUUAGCCGUAGCGGACGGUGUUAAUUGGGGAGAAAAAGCCAGUAUAGCGGCCAAAUCGGCCGUGCACGGCAGCCUGCACUAUCUGAACCAAACCAUAUUCAACGACUCGAAGCCCUUCGAGAAUUUGACCGUAAAGACUGACGAAAGUUCCAUAUCGAACGCCAGUUUAUUGGACGAAACCACCAACCUCGUCGGCAACACCAGAGAGGUGUUCGUCUGCCUGUUGCGCGCCUUCAACUGCGCCCACGAUCUCAUCUUAGAGAACAAAGGCAUGCUGACGACGCUCACCGUCGCCGUCGUUUUACCGUUGAAGCGGAAAAUCGAGAGAAGCGGCUGCUCGAACGGCGACGAAAGACCGGAGACCGACACCCGGUACGUGUGUUGCGUGUGCAACGUUGGAGAUACCUUGGCUUACGUUUAUUCCACCGCGUACGGCGUACGGGAACUCACCAAAGGUUCGCACGACGUCUACAGCAACAGGGACAUGAGGGACGCGCUGGGAGCGCUGGGCCCCGUCGACGGGAUCAACCCGGAGCUCAGCAAUCUCACGUUGUCGAUGACCACGUUGCAAAAAGGGGACAUCGUGAUGGUGGCGAGCGACGGGCUUACGGACAAUUUCGAUCCGAACGUGUGUAAAUUCACGGUGAAUAACAAGGCGGAACAGCCGGCGAAGAAGCCGAGCACGAGGCAAAAGGCGCAGCAGCCUUCGGAGGAGAGGAAGCCCGUGCGAUUGGUGGAAACGCCGGCGCAGAAGCCUCCCGUUAAACCUCCUCGGAAAUCGAAAAUGCGGGAUAUUUCAGGUCGGAACUCAGCCGAAAGGAGCAGCUUGAAGAGCAGCGCGACGGAAAAGUCCUCAUCACCUUCGAUAGAAAACGUGUCGAUGCACGGUAAAACGAAUACACCCACGCCUAGCGAACAUUCCAAGCAAUUAGACAUUCCUAAGGAACUAUCGAUAGAACAAACCCCUAGUGAAAUUAGCUCUAACUCAACUGUAGUAAAUAGUUCGAACGCACCGGUAGAGUACGAUAACCCGCUCGUAGCAGCCUUUAUGAGGGAAAAUUCGUUGGAAGAAAGCAAUAAAUCCAACAAAGGCAAGCGUGUUAAAUCGGCCCCGGUGGCGGAGAAUAGGGCGAGCAGUCUCCGGCGUCAGAUCGCUAGUCAAUUUCGACACGAAGCUUCCGAUUCUAGUCAGAAACAGAGGCCGGUGACGCCCAAAGCGACGGGGAGCAAGACGCUGCGAGCGCCGCAGGACAAGGCCGAUUCGCCCGGGAAAAUCGAAGCGGGUUACAAGUUUCUGAGGUCCAAGACCGCCAUCGAUAUGAGAUCGUCGAACGCGCGGCACAUAGCUAGAAAUGAAGAUGGUGUUCCCUUCGUUACGCCUAUUCAGAGGUACGAGCUGCAAUUGCUGUUGAUGGAGGAUAUUUUGAAGAAUGGUAUAUCUGGGAAAGAUUCUCCUUGUACGCACGCGAAGAAAUUGUGCGAAAAUCUUAUAAGUUACACCAUGAGUAUAACUUCGGCGAAGAGAAGGACAUUGGAAGAUCCGGAUUUGUAUUUCGAGAAUAAAGGUGGCGUUCUAGUUGAAGUUACCAAUCAGGAGAAGAAAAUAAGAAGGAAAAGGGGGUUGGAGAAGGUUCAAAAUUUACCGGGAAAGCUGGAUCAUGUAACCAUAGUGGCGUAUAACGUAGGCAAUUUUGCUUAUCAGUAAAAUUCGUUGGUCCUAUUUUGUUUUUUGCUGCAAUUUUUCGAAUGUUAUUGAGCGUCCGUAAGCAUUCAUCGCAGAUUGUGAUUCUUGAAAUCAAACUCAAUUUAUUAUAAAUUAAGCUCGGAAUGUAUCAAAAGUAUACUCGAAAUUGUAACGUUUAGUGUAAUGCAAAAAUUUUUAUCUGCAAUUUUCAUUCGGCUUGUAUCGUAUAGCAAAAAUUUUUGUAAUAUUUACUAAAGGAUCGAGACGCUUUCCAGUGUAUUUGUCGUAAAGUGCAAUAUGAAAGCUUUGUUUAUAAACAAUUUUACGUAUACAAAACGUAUAUCUCGUAAAAGUAUUUUUAUACCUAUAAAAUAUUUUUUAUAAAAACAACAAGGGUAAAUGAACUACAUUAUUUGUUGAUUUUUUGUUUUUUAACUCUAACUUUUUAUACAUACGCAUCUCUUCGCAAAACCCCAUAUACUUGUUAUAUUUUUUGAUUUGUUACUUUUUGUAUUUUCGGUUGUACCAAAACAAUUAAAUAAAUAAUGCAUUUUAAUA